GUGCAUGCUACAGAAGAAAAACCAGCUCCUGAAUAUGAAAUGGUGCUGGCAAGGCUUCCACAAGUGGCCCACGCUGUUCCGGUUAGAAAACUCUUAUAUCUGCCUAGAAGAAGUGACUUCGGACCCUUUCUCGGCUCGAUGGAGGAAUGAGUAGCCUGGACGAAGGCUGCUGAUGCAGGUGCAUGCGCUUUUCUUUGUUAUUGAAUUAUCUGACUUGGAUUUCUCAGCCUCCGAUGGAGCUGACAAAAGGUUUUUCAACUCGGGACUCGAGAACUUAACAGUACGAAAGGGUGGGCGCUGGAACGAGAAACAAAGAGGAAAAGAAAAGUAAAAAGAAAAGGUGACACGCAUCCUAUGUGAGUGAUUUCUCUCCCUCUUUUGCAUUUUAUGUGGAAGUAAAACCUCCACCAGCGUGGCAUGAUGUGGAUCGUGAGCGUGAUAUUCAUUAGGCAGGCCCAGGAAGGACAGCGACUCAUUUCCGGUCUUUUGUUGGCCUUUUUUUCUUAAAUGGUUGAGUCGACGGACUGCUUGGGUGGUGUUGUUGGCCUGCCUGUGACUGCUUGUGUCUAUCUGACUUACCUUUGGGGUCUUUUUCCAGAGCUCUCAAUCAGCAUUCACACGUCCAGACGAAAGAAGAAGGCCACAGAAGAAAGCACUGCGUUUGGAUCAUCCGCCCUGUGCGUGGAUCCAACUCCGUAAUGACGACUUUAAAGCUGAGGUGAGAUCGUCGUCUCGCUCAGGUACAAAACGAAAUUUCUUCGCACGGCUGUACACCUUGUCCUCUCUGUGGGGCGUAUUGAAUUGGAAGCUAGCUCCACACAAACAGUGCCGCUGCCUUGGAAGAAAAAUAUCGCGGGGCCUUCCUCCAAACAGGUUCGCGUCCCCUCCAUUUUAAAACCCUCAAAACCAGCAGGGAUCGAGACGAUGAUCGAGGAAAGAUUAUUCCCCAUCAUUUGAGCAACCAACAUGCACGUAAGAUCCAAGAACUUUUUCUUUUUUUUCCUCUCUCUCGGUUUGCCGAGGUUUUUGUAAUGUGUGAUUGUGUGCUACAGAGCGAGCAAGCCACUAUCUCGAUUUUGGUGUUGGUGAUGGGUGUGCUGCUCGUUUUGCUCCUUCGCGUGACAAGAACGAUUGGAGUUGGAUUGGAUGGAUUGAUGCGCGUGUUCUUGCUUAGCGAGGACGCAAAGAAAUCCCACCUGGGAAUUAAACGGCCAGUGUGGGGAUUUAAAGGUUCUUGGUGAUUUUAGAGGCUUCGUUUAUUGCUUCCCAGAUUCCUCUGUUAGAGAGCUCAUAAAUACCGAGGGAGUGCUGUACAGUUUGGGCCACUGGCGCGCGAUUGACUUAUCCCUGCCGUACACUUCAUUCUCGUGCGGUGAAGAAACCCUGGCCCGUCAUUGCCUUAUUUGCAUUAGUUUUAUGCGUUCGCGCGAUUCGGAGGAGCGGCUAUGGCGCUGGCGGGCGGGGCACGGCCAAAGGCGCUAGGGUUUUGCUCGCGAUGGGAAAUUUCAGUCGAGCAGCGCGUAGGAGCAUCGAAAUCUCUCUCGCGCGCUCUCUCGGGGAAGCAGGAAUAGGUCUGGCCUCUCCAGGGGCGAUUAUCGAGCUGUGCGUUGCGCGCGUGGUGAUCUAGGCGGCUCGCAAGGGAGUGUUUUGCUAGAGGGGGGCAGGAAAUGCUCUGGACGAUCGGAGCAGCACGAUGAAAUCUGCGCGGAGGGCGAGAAUCAAUGCUCCAUCGUCUGGCCACAGCGAGGGGAGUUACGGAAAAAUCGCGUCCUCGGUGAAGUACUCUGGGCUCAAAGAUUUUGCUAAACGCUUCGUGGAUUGCGACGAGUUCACCUCCCACGCGCAAGAAUGGCUGUUAGGUAAGCUCGGGAAUCCGGAAGAUCAGUUCAAAGAGCCUUUCCAGCUUGACGAGCUCAAGCAGCUGGACUAUGCGCUGGAAGGAGUGAUCUUCCAGCAGCUCCUACGAAUGCCGUACUGGCAGCGUGGCCUCUCGGGGAACAUCGCCGCGGAGAUAAACCUCGCGGUGGAGGAUUUCCUCCACACCAUAGCUCAGACGCUAUGGGAGACGCUGUGGAGCUCGGAGGACCGGAUGCCAUUCUUCGUCACAGGGCCUCGGGGGAAGAGGAGCUACUUGGACGGUGUGGCUCUGGUUGGGAAAAGUGGCAGGGGGAUGAACACAGUGUGGGAGCACAUAGUGGAAUUCGUGGAGGUCCAGCCAGAGAUUGGAGGAGACGCUGGGUUUGCCGUGAGCUCCAUCGUUGGUCGCUCGCUCUUCCAUGGGAUUCAUAUGCUCAUGUCGAGGCUCUACUCCGAGAAGAAGCCGUCGGUGAGAAAGCACACGGACACGGCCUACGUCUUGUUCGUGGAUUCCAAGUGCGGUGGGGUGAUGAGACUACGUGGGGAUAUCUCGAAGCUGGAUACCAAGGCAGGACUAACUUAUGAGGUUGCGACGGACUGGCUCGAGCAGCAUGCAGACGUAGCGGUCUCUUCGGUCGAGCAGGUAUGGAACAGGUUUGGCAACGCUAACUGGGGGGACUUGGGGGCCUUGCAGCUCAUUCUGGCGACUUUACAUUGUAUCGAGCAAUGUAGAGGGUCGCCGAAGAGAUCGCUGGCCGAGUUGGCGAGCGACCACGGGUCGCGGCUGCACAGGCGGAAGAUCGAGCGGCGGUUUCUGGAAAUCCAGGAGAAUGGAAUAGACCAUUCUUACCGGCAAGAAGUUACGAGCCAUGAGAUACAGGAGAUCGAGGAGAUCGAAGCACAGGAGAUUAUACGCGAGUUUGAAGCACUGAAGCUGGAGCCGGGGUCGACGCUGUGGCUGGAGGAUGCCCAAUGGCAACGCGGCUGUGGCUUUCGGAUAGUAAGCAGCCUAGGAGACGAGAAGUACUCGAUGUACAGCGCAACCUCCCUGGACGAAGGUGACAAGCUACUGUCCGUGUACGUUGGAGCGCAUCCCUCUCAGCUGGAGCCGUCGUGGGAGGACAUGACGACGUGGUAUCAAGUCCAGCGGCAGACCAGAAUUCUCAACACCAUGAGCCAGAGGGGAGUCUCCAGCAGGUACUUGCCGCAGCUCGUAUCGUCCGGCCGAAUCCUCCACUCGGGCUCCUGCUCCAAACAGAGUCCUGGCGGCCGUUGCGAUCAUCCGUCGUGUGGGAUCUCGGUGCUGGUCACGUCUCCAGUUGGGGAGCCGCUGGACAUAGUGGUGGCCAAGCACGGCUGGCUCUCGCCGGUGGAAGCUCUCAGGUGCUGCCACGAUUUGCUCUCGGCGCUGCGCAGCGCUGGGUCCGCGGGGAUCCAGCACGGGGAUAUCAGCCCCCAGCGAGUGAUCCGGGUGAAAGGUGAUGGAGACUACUUCUACGUUCUCAUCGACUGGGGCCGGGCAGUGCUGGAAGACCGGGACAGUCCCGCGAUAUCUCCUCGCUACUCGUCGACUUACGCGCUCCAGGAGGGGAAGCUGUGCCCGGCCGCCGACGCCGAGAGCCUCGUCUAUCUGCUCUACUUCCUCGUCGGUGGGAGUAUGCCGGAGUUUGAGAGCUUGGAGGCCGCGCUCCAGUGGAGAGAGCGGGCUUGGGCUUUGAGAACUUUCCAGCUCUUGCUCGGGGAGAUCUCGACGGUGCUCAAGGCCUAUGCGGACUACAUCGAUAGCUUGAUCGGGACUCCAUACCCGGCGGACUAUGAUAUCUGGUUGAGGAGAAUAAGCAGGGCGUUUCAAUCGUCCUCCGAUCAGGACAACCAUGGCAAGAGGAUUCAAUACAUUGAAGGCUCCGGGGGUGUGAUCAAGCCGGUGGAUUACAACACUGGUGAAUCGUCCGGGACGUCGGGAACUUCGUGACAGUCGAGAGACAAAAGAUCACGCUGCGAAGUUAUUUUGGCUCGAUCAUCCAAGGCGUAAGUGGAUGUUCCUUGGCACGAAGAACACACGGUAAGGAAAGUGAGUCCACAGGACUCUAGAGGAAGAACGAUCUUUCCAAACAGAUUCUUUCACUGCUUAAAGUUUUUAUGCGAUCAAAAGGUUUUUUAAUCUGUAAGUUCUUUUUUGCAUUGCAAUCCAAAAAGGUAUAUAAAUUCCUUAA